UCGGUUUGUUUCGCAGGGGGCGUUGCCUUCGCACCGCCGCUCCGUAACGCGCAUAAAGGCUUCGGCGGCGCCUUCGGUCCGGCCGAGCAGCAGACGGGCGACUACUGCGGCAGCCUUGUUCUCUGGAUUAGUGUACUACUCUCCUCUCAAAUUUCCUUAAAUCACCCGGAGAUGCCUUCAAACCAGAACAUACAGGGAGGGAAAGCAUUUGGGUUAUUAAAAGAUCAGCAAAGAGAGAAGCUGGAAGAAAUUAAUAAGGAAUAUCUCGAGGACCAGAAAUACAGUGAUGAGGAAGACCUGGCAGAGAAGCUGGAUUCCUUUAAAAACAAAUAUGCCGAAUUUGACCUAAAUGACCAGGGAGAAAUCGACAUGAUGGGACUGAAGAGGAUGAUGGAGAAGCUGGGGGUGCCCAAGACCCACCUGGAGAUGAAGAAAAUGAUCUCGGAGGUCACCGGGGGCAGCAGCGACACUAUCAACUACCGGGACUUUGUGAAGAUGAUGCUGGGGAAGCGCUCAGCCGUGCUCAAACUGGUUAUGAUGUUUGAGGACAAGGCCAAUGGUGCAAGCUGCAAGCCGGACGGGCCCCCACCCAAGCGGGACAUAGCCAGCCUGCCGUAGAUGGGGGUGGGGUUGUGGGAGGUGGUGAGGGAUUGGAAGCACCUUGGUUAUCCACUGGUCCACUCAUUGUCUUUCUUCUGAGAAUGUAAAUAGCCUUAUUGCGAGUCAGACUUUGAGAUUGAAGGAGAAUCUUUGUAGACUGUGAGAUUUCAUUUCCAUUUAAAAAGUGGGGAAAACUAUAUUUGCUGUGAAAAAGUAAUGGCAGUAGUUUUUAUAUGAGUAAAUAAAUGUAUAUAUUUGUAUUAAAAAUUAAAUAACAAGGUUAAUAUUUUUAAUUGCCACUCCAGCUCACCUUAAAUCGCAGGAAACUGAAGACCAUUUCUUUCUUAAAAUACCAGAUGCAGUGCUUUUUUUCCUCCUUUAUUUUUUUAAGGGGCUUGAAUUCCCAUUUUCUUCAGGUGUAGGUAUUCAUUAUCAAGGCUGGGGCUAACUGCAUUUAGCCAUCAGGAGACAUUCCACAUGCUGCAUUAAAUCCAGCUCAGUCUAGACAGGCUUCCCCAUUGGCCAGCCUGAAUUUCACAGUCCUGUGAUGUUGAUGUGGCUUAUCUGAGGAGCAGGAGAUGGAGAUCUUGCUGUCUGAGGGCAUGUGGCAGCAUGCAAUGCUAGGGUUGCUUGGCCUGAUUGAGGCUUUCAGCAGCUGUCUAGGUGCUGUCUUCUGGUCUUUCAGGGUUUCUAGGAGGUCCACGUUUCCAGCUAUCUUGGUCAUAUAGGUGGUAUGGAAGGCACAGCAGAUAAAAGCACAUUUUGUUUACUGCUUUUCUCGUCAGAACAUUUAGAAGGGCGAUAUCUAGACGAGCUGUUCCAGACCGUAGUCAUUCUACUGCAGCUAUAUGUUUACUAUAGGCUAACAUAUAUACUGUAUCACAUUAAGAUCAUUUCCGUGUUCCACUAUGCUUUUUUAUAUUUGAUUUAAUGCAGAAAUAUUUCUAAGUAUGAAAGGAAGGGUAUUUUUAUUUAUUUUAUUUUUUUUACUUUGUAAGGGAUUGAACAGAGCUGAAACGGAAAGUCCAUUUUGUAAAAUCUGCUUUGAUAUUUGGAUACUUUCUGUUCCCAUGACAACCUUAGGAGUACCCUCAUUGCUUUGUCUCAGAAACUACACACUUGAGGGGUACAUAGGUCCACCAGUUGUGAGUUUAACAAUGUUAAGACUAUGUAUAUUUUUCCAACCUAAUAGUAGCAUAACAGAUCACUUAUGUCAAUGCUAUAAACAGCCAGAGAUGAGAUUCUGUCAGAAUUCUUUUUUUCCCUUGGAAGUUGGUGUGUGUGUGUGUGGGGGGGUUCUUGUUUCUUUUAAAUUCAGAUUGGGUUGUUUUUGAGAACUACUACUUUUUAGAAUGAGUUUGUUUUGUCCGUAAGAGAAGCCCAGUCUGAACGGCGUUGGUACUGCCUGGGGGCACCUGGCCGCUGAAACUCCCGUCUGUGUCCUUAUUUCCAACAUAAUGUAUCAAAACCUAAUUUGUUUCUCUUCUCCUUGUGCCCCUCUUGUCACUCCUGUUAAACACUAAACACUGUCCGUAACUUUGUAACUUAUUAACUGCAUUUUUUAGCUUUUGUUUCUGGAUAAUUUAAGUCUUCUUGGAAGUUUAGUAGCUUGUAUUUUUUGAAAACACCAAAGGAAUUAAAGUUCUUACAGUAAU